GUAUUUUGGUCUUUUGUUGAGUCACUUGAGUUUAUUUUUCGCAAUUAAUUUGGAGUUGAUUUUGUUUUUAAUUGUCUCAAUUGAUUUACUUUUUGUUCCAUUUGUUGAUUACAUUGUUCAUCUAAUUAUGGCUUUACCAUCGUCUAAAUCUGAAUCUUCUAGUUCUCGUCUGGUUAAUCCUGAAAGAAAUUUAAUGCUUAGUGGAUUUGAAAGCAAUGCUCAAUCCAAAAUCUCUAAACAUCCACUUCUUAAAUCUGAAGCAAAUUUUGCUCAAAAUGAGGAAAGGGCUUGUUAUUCAAUCCUUGCUUCCACCCAAGGUAUUCAGGCUCCGUUGAAGUUCAUGAUGGAACGCAAAGCAGCUUCGCAAGUUGGACAUUUACCUUUCCUUCCAAAGUCAAAUGCCAUGUUGGAAACACUGACUGGUAAUGAUUGGAAUUUCGGUCCAGAAGAUAUGUUUAAUGAUUCCAUGUCAGAUAGAGAGUUGAUGGGGCCACCUCAUUUGGUCAUGGAAAGACAUUUGGAUAUUUUGUAAUCGUUUUCUUUUUGUGAAAUUCAACAUUAUCACCAAAUCCUAAAUACUAAUUUGAAAUAAAAUGAGGAUAAUUUUCAUCUUGGUUAAAACAUGAGAACCUGAAAAUAAAACAACUCAUUAAAAUUUCAAUUUCUUAAAAUUAA